ACUUGUUGAAUAAAUAAAAGUAAAAUACAAAAAUAGUCUCUGGUUACAUGUAAUUGAUAAUAAUUAUCGUGUGUUAUCAUAAAUAAAUAUAAAUAAUAUAUCGAUUUUUACAUAUUUUUUUUAGUUAUUCAAGUUAUAUCUUCUGUGAUAAAAGUGUUCAAAAGGAGACAAAUUUAAAGAUGCCAAUUUUGGCUCUAGAUAUCAAAACAGUGAAAUUAAUCACUACUACGCAAGUAAUAACUUCUGUUUAUACUACAGUUAAAGAAUUAAUAGAGAAUGCACUUGAUGCCAAUGCAGACAACAUUGAAAUCAAUCUUGUAUGUAAAAAGUUUAUAUUCAAUAUAUUUGUAAAAUAUAUCUUUAAAAAAAUGGAUUAUUUUUAUGAAUGCCUUUUGUGUCCUUAGGUAGAUAAUGGUACAUCAUUGAUAGAAGUGAAAGAUAAUGGUUAUGGCAUAUCUAAAGAUGAUGCACAAUAUAUGGGUUUACCUUCCUAUACAUCUAAAAUAUCUAGUUUUGAAGACUUAAAUGUAUUAUAUACAUUUGGAUUCCGAGGAGAGGCACUUAGUGCAUUGUGUGCAGUGGCAGAAGUUACCAUUAUAACAAAAACAGUGGAAGAUAUUGUUGGGACUUCUUAUACAAUGAAUCAUGAUGGACAAAUCAUAAAACAUGAACCUUGUCAUAGAAGUACUGGAACUACAGUACAAGUGAGGAAUUUAUUCAAACACAUACCUGUGAGGAGACAAAUAAUUAUUAAUACAAGAAGAGCUAAUCAAACUAUUAAAUUAUUAGAGACACUGAUACAAAGUUUUAGUAUAUGUAAACCAAAUGUGCGAAUCCAAUUCAGGGUAAAUAACAGUGUUAUAUUUACAAAACCAAGUUUAAAUGAUAUUAGGGAAGCUGCAAAUCAUGUACUUGGUAGAAAAAUUACAUCUAACAUGGAAUGGAUUGAAUCUAAAGAUAUAGAAUUUGCUUUGCAAUUAAUGCUGCCUUCAAAACAAGUGCAGGAUUUAUCAGAAAUUUCACAUUUUGGAUUACAGUAUAUUUUUGUUAAUGAUAGACCUAUUAAACAUAAAGGUCUUGAAAAGGUAAUAAAUAAUUCAAUAAUAGAAUAUUAUGAACAAGAAUCAUGCAGAAAGAAGGUUGUAUUUAUUGUUUACAUUGUGUUGGGACCAAUGGAUAUUGAUGUCAAUUUAGAACCAAAUAAAGAUGUAAUUCUUUUCAAAGAUCAGAAUAAAGUCCUUAGUACCAUAGAUAAAUGUAUAAGAACAUUCUAUGGACUUAAAUUUGUAAAUAUAAUUGAGCAAGAUGUAUCUGAUGACAUAACUACUGAUUACGAUUGCACUCUAAAUAUGAAUGAGGAUACUAAUGGAAUUGAAUCUGCUUGUAAAAAACGAAAAAUACAUAUCCAAGAGAAAAAUCAGGAGGAUGUAAUCAAAGAAAAAGCAAUACUUAAGCAUAAUAAUACCACCACAAAUAAGUAUGAACAACAGGACAAGCAACAUGAGAUUGAUCAAACUUAUAAUCAGCAGCAUUAUAGAGAUGCAACAGCUCAUAUACAAUCACCGAAUUUAAGUGAUUCUGAUUCAAAUGAUGCUUUUUCUGUUCCAGUUUCAUCUAAUAAUAACAUAUCAUUAAAAGAAGAAUGUGAAACUUUGAGUCAGUUACCUGUAGUAGAUCUUGGUGAAGACUUUGAUUUUGUAGAAGAGAAUUUAGAAACUGAAAACUUGAAUAUUCUUACGAGUGAAGAUAAGAAUAAUUCAAAUGAGAUACAGAAGAAUAAACAAAUUUCAUUAGAAACCUGGAGCAAAGGGCAUAUCACUGGUCUCAAGGGUGGUACAGAUGUAAAAUCUAGUAUUGCUGUUGAAAGACAGUCAAGUGACAAUUUUACUAAGGAAAAUAAUAGGAUAUUAGAAUCAAGUAAAACACAUGUUGAUCAUAAAGAACUUAAAUUUCUAAAACAUGUUAGAUCCCAAGUCGUAAAAGAAAAUCCUACAUUGACAACAGUGCAAACAGCAAAAAAAAUUACCGAAUUCUGGAAGCAAUUGUCGUCCGAGGAGCGUGGCUAUUAUCGAGAUAUUGCAGAAGAAAAAGAAGGACAUGAAACAGAUAAAAAGUCUGAGGAAAGAACUGAAGCAAGUAAAAUAGACGUGGAAAGAAAUAAAAGUAGACUCUUACAAUUGUUUGAAAAAAUAAAGAAUACAAAGAAUGAGAAGAAAGAAAAAUUGAAGAUGAGGACAAUAGUACCUUGGAUUAUUGAUAGAAAUAAAAUAACAACAAGAUCAGAUAUUGAAAACAAUUAUAUAAUAGGUCAAUUAUCAUCUAAUUUAUGGGUAGCUACAAUCUGUGAACAGAUAUGGAUUGUGGAUAUUACAAACCUGAUAAAAGGCUUAAAAAUUACUAAUAUCAAUGUAGAUAAGGGUUUCGUCAAAGUAGUCAAGAAUAAGCAAUAUUUUAAGCGGUAUCAAGUUAAAUUCAAGAGGCGACGUCAAGGGAAAACUGAUUACUAUGCUCGAAAAAGAUUAACUAUACAAGACAAAAAUAAAUAUAAUACUCCUAAAUAUAGGUUGAUUGUACGAUUAUCUAAUAAAGAUAUUACUUGUCAAGUUGCUUAUUCAAGAAUUGAAGGAGAUCGAAUUGUAUGUGCUGCUUAUAGUCAUGAACUUCCUGAAUAUGGAGUGAAAGUUGGUCUUACUAAUUAUGCAUCUGCAUAUUGUACUGGCUUACUUUUGGCAAGAAGGUUGUUGAAGAAAUUAGGAUUGGAUACUUUGUACGUUGGUACCACAGAUGUAACUGGUGAUGAGUACAAUGUUGAAGGAUUGGAUGAUGGCCCAGGUGCAUUUAGAUGUUAUCUGGAUACUGGUUUAAUGCGUACCACAACAGGUGCACGAGUUUUUGGUGCUAUGAAAGGUGCAGUUGAUGGAGGACUUAAUAUUCCUCAUAGUACCAAAAGAUUUCCCGGGUAUGAUAAUGAAUCAAAGGCAUUCAAUGCAGAUAUACAUAGGCAACAUAUAUUCGGUCAACAUGUUGCAAAUUAUAUGAAAACCCUUGAAGAAGAAGAUGAUGAAGCCUUUAAAAAACAGUUUUCCCAAUAUAUCAAGCAUGGCAUCUCUGCGAACGAUAUUGAGAACAUCUAUAAGAAGGCUCAUGAGCAAAUUCGGGCUAACCCAGAGUAUAAGAAGAUUAUCAAAGAUAAGGAACCCAUUAAGAAGAGAUGGAAUCGCGCCAAAUUAUCAUUAUCGGAAAGAAAGAAUCGUGUAGCGCAGAAGAAGGCCUCUUUCCUCACAACAUUAGAAGAAAUAGAGGCAUAAUCAUUUUUCAGUUUGUAUUAUUUCUGUAUAUAUAAGUUUGUAAAUACAUAGAUAUUAAUAAACAAAAAAUAAAAGCAAAUUUGUAACGAA